GAUCGACAGGUGGCGCCAUAUAAAACAGUUUGGACUUCAACAAAAGCGGAAAUGACCAAACAUCAGAGUUGUUCACUACUCCACGUGUGAGAGUUUCAGUCACAUUGGAAAGUUAGCAGCUUCACAAUGAGGAGACCAAAGUUAAAGAAAGCAAGCAAGCGGGUAUCAUGUGCCAAACGCUACAAAAUACAGAAGAAGGUCCGAGAGCAUAACAGAAAACUUAGAAAAGAAGCAAAGAAAAAAGGAGUAAGCAAACGAGUGAAGAAGGAUCCAGGAGUGCCUAGCAGUGCUCCCUUCAAGGAAGAGGUCCUCAGGGAGGCAGAGCAGAGGAGGCUACAGAUUGAAGCAGAAAAAGAAAAAAAGAAACAAGCCAAAAAAGAGGAGCGUGCUCAGAAGAGGAAGAGAGAGAAGGAAGCGGCAAGUAAAGGAACAGAACCUAAGGCCAAGAAAGCUCGACAGAAUGAGAAUGGAAAGCAACAAACUGCACCAGACAGGAAUUCAAAACAUUUCCUUUGCUCUGAAUUAAACAAGGUUAUUGAUGCAUCUGAUGUUGUGAUUGAAGUCCUUGAUGCUCGGGAUCCACUGGGCUGUAGGUGUCCACAGCUGGAGGAGGCGGUGCUGCAGAGGGACGGCAACAAGAAACUGCUUCUGGUUUUAAAUAAAAUAGAUCUGGUACCAAAGGGAAAUGUGGAGAGGUGGAUACAGUGUUUACAGCAGGAGUUUCCAGUUGUGGCAUUCAAAGCAUCAACAUACAUCCAGGACAAAACACUGCAAACAAAGAAAAGCAGGAUCAUGCCUUCCAAUACAGUAUUGGACAAAUCCAGAGGAGCAGCCUGCUUUGGAAACAGCUGUCUUACUGAACUGCUCACAAGUUAUGCUUCCAAAACAGAGAGUGAAGCUUUACUCAAAGUGGGCGUAGUUGGUUUUCCUAAUGUGGGGAAGAGUAGUCUAAUCAACAGUAUGAAGGGAUUCCUUGCCUGUAAUGCUGGUGUCAAGAGAGGCAUAACAAAGUCCAUGCAGGAGGUCCACAUCUUGAACAACGUAAAGCUAAUAGACAGCCCAGGGAUUGUGGCCUCACCCUCUAACCCACCAGCCUCUAUGGCUCUGAGGAGCCUGCAAGUGGAGGAGGGCAAUGAGAGUGUGCUGGAGGCUGUCAGGACUCUGCUCAAACAGUGUGAUAAAACCCAGAUCAUGCUUCAGUAUAACAUCCCAGACUUCAGAAACUCCCUGGAAUUUUUAACAGUUCUUGCUAAAAAGCGUGGCUACUUGCAGAAGGGUGGAGUUCCUAACACAGAGCAGGCGGCCAUGGUUUUUCUAAAUGAAUGGACAGGAGUCAAGCUGAGCUACCACUGCAGGGUCCCAGAGAACCACAGCCUCCCUGCCUACCUGUCUGACAAUGUUGUUGCUGAGAUGCAGAAAGGCUGGGAUUUGACCAAAGUUAAAACAGGCAACGAGGAAACUCUGAAAGGUGUUAAAUUCCCCAGCCAGGCUAGCAGUAUAAGCUUCAUUUCUCAAGGUCCAACUGCAGGCCUGUUGAGGGUCUGUGACAUCUCUGAGGAGCAACCUGAUACUGGAUCCACAGACAAGGAGGAAGACCAGAAUCACAAACCUGAGCACACUGUGGAAGAGUCAGUUACAGUAGAUGAAACCAACGAACCACCACUCAAAAAGAAGCCAGCCCAGGUGCAGUUCCAGUCUGUUCCCAUAGACAUCAGCCUCUCUGCUCCUACGACAGACGAUGCCUAUGACUUCAACACAGACUUUAAGUGACGCUUUCUUCAGUGACAUACAGAACUGAACUUGUGCAACACAUGACAAACCUGAUGGAUACAAGUAUCAUCAGGAUGUGUUGAAACACCUUGUGAUGAAAGGCACUGGUCGAUUUGGAGACUGUCCUGCUAGUUGACUGGUUUCAUGUAUAUUUGUGGCCUUCCUUCACUCUUGGACUCUGAAGAGCAGUAAAACAGUUUCACACAUGAAAUGUACAGUCUGUCCAAAACAGUCUGUUUUAAAUGUCCAGGUGUUAUUUGUGAUCCCUUAUGUUAAUGCAGAAUAAUGUAUAUAGAUUGACUAAACACAUGAAACUCUC